AUGGAAGACGAUUAUGAUGUUUAUGCCACAUUGAAGAUUCUCAUCAUCGGUGAGAGUGGAGUUGGAAAAUCCAGUUUCCUCAUGAGAUUUGCUGAGAACAAAUUUCACCCCGACCAGUCUGCCACCAUUGGGAUUGACUUCAAAAUAAAAUGCAUCCGCGUAGAAGGGGAGAAAAUAAAACUUUCAAUAUGGGACACAGCGGGUCAAGAAAGAUUUCGAACUCUUACGCCAAGUUUCUAUCGCAACGGUCAGGGAUGCAUUCUAGUAUAUGACGUAACAAAAUACACAACAUUCGCCAAGUUGGACGAGUGGCUAAAUGAACUUGAUUCGCACUCCACAAAGAAAGAUAUUGUCAAGUUACUCGUCGGAAACAAAAUCGACAAAGAACCCAGAGAAGUGACUGAAGAGGAUGGCUUGAGGUUCGCCAGCAAGCACAAUAUGAUGUUCACCGAAGCAAGUGCAAAAACAAUGGAAGGUGUCCAACUAGCCUUUGAAGAACUGGUUGUUAGGAUACUUCAAACUCCCGGUUUAUGGGAGCCUAAUGAAAAAGGAGGAAUACAAAUACAUCGCAAAAGUCAUUCCUCUGAAGAAAAUAGCUGUGCGUGCUGA